AAGAAGAAGCUCCACCGUAGAAGGAAGAAACAUGGCGGCCCGCACAAGGCUGUCCUUGCUUCUCCCUAAAAGUUUACACCCGCUCAGAACCCACAGACAUGUACACACCGAAGCAGCCGUAAAGGAGCCUUCUUAUCCACCCAUAGUCGCCUCACUGACGGCUAAAAGCAAAGCUGCGCGGCUGCGGCAAAUCGAGGAGCGAGUUAAAAAGAUCUGCGCCUCUCCCCUGGACGAGAAGCUGUCCCUCAUCACUCGCAUCCAGCGGAUGAAGUUUGUAGUCUACCCUCAGACAUUCGCUCGUAACCCGGACAGAUGGCACCAGCACUUCACUAAAACCGCAUAUAUCCCCGGCCUGCCGGAGAAGUUCUCCCCAGGAGCGGAGAGCCCUCCUGCAGCCGAGGAUCACACAGCUGCCACGGGAAUCGACGAUGCUGCGUUCAGUGAGAUCCGUGACCUCGUCACCCGUGUGAUUUUACACGAGCACUGGCACAAGGUGAAGAAACGCAAACCGUUUCUGUAUAAGAGUCAGGAGCAGGUGGUCGGCCCCUUCCUGAGGACCCUGGUCUCUGGUCUCACCCACAGUUUGACCAAAUACAAUCCGCUGCUCCGUCUCUCCAGUCUGGAUCUUAAUCCACAGGUGAGCUUUUAUUGGAGGAGGGGAUCCAGGACAAUACCUAAGGGUCACCGGAAAGGCCGACUAGAGCCAAUCAGAUUCCAGAUCGAUGACCAUCCCCACAGCCAGAUUAGGAUACCCCAGCAGUUACCGCAGUUUGCUCCACUGGAGGCCUCUUACACAGCAGAGGUCCCGGAAGUCCCCUACGCCCCCAAUCUAAUGCCUUUGUUCAGAAGACAGUAUGAAAACAACAUCUUUACAGGAGCGAAGCUGCCGGACCCAGUCUGCUAUGGUCACACUCAGUUCCAUCUGGUACCUGACCGGUACCACAGGGAGCGCCUGGCUCGGCAGCAGCAGUCGGACCAAGUGGAGGCCUUCCUCAGAGCCAACGCCGUUGCCAGUCUUUUUGCCUGGACCGGAGCUCAGGCCACAUACCAAGGUUUCUGGAACUACGAGGAUGUCUCCAGACCCUUUGUGUCGCAGGCUGUCAUCACAGACGGUCACUACUUCUCCUUCUUCUGCUACCAGCUCAACACCGUGGCCCUGUCUUCUGAAGUAGACGGCAACAACCCCAGGAAAAACAUCCUGUGGGGCACUGAGAGCCUGCGGCUCUAUCAGGACGUGCAGGACGGAGAGGUGGUGGGUCUGGACGAUGGUGUUGUCAGGCUUCUGGUUCAGUUCCUCAUGAAUCAGCCUCACAGUUGAGUCCGAGACAAAGAUACAAGGAGCUGCAUUUUGUUCAGAUGUCUGAGUUGGGAAAAAAAAAAACCUAGAGUCGGACAUGAAAUAUUUCAUAUGAUUGUGAUAUUCAGUGGAGUUUGUUUUCAGCUUGUUAAACUAACUUAAACACAGAUAGACAAUCCACAUUCAAGCUUUGGAUGAACAGAUACAGAUUUUUUUCCCCUCCUAUCCUGAUAAUUUAAUUGUUAAGUUUGCUCCUGGUAAAGAAGCAGCUGUAGCUCAUUACUGCUUUGACGGGAAAACAGCUUUUUUCCCAGUUUGCCUUUUAGAGAAACUAACUACUGUAAACAAAAAGCUGUUAAUAAAACAUCUACUCUUCUGAA